ACGAUGGCACGAAGGGUGCGGGUCGUGUUUUUGCUCCACACUUCCCGGUGGAAAGCCGGAAUAAUUUAGCUCCUUUCAGCGGGCCUCCCUCCUCGGAGCCCCGAGCCGUACUGCCAGCCGCCGCCGCCAGCCAGCUACUCGCACCCACCAAAGGCGCCGAAAUUGGGCGAAUAGCGAGCAAAUACGUCCGCGUUUCUCUACCCGCUCCCCCGCCGACCUCCCCUCCUCACUCCCCGGCGCUGACAGCGGACAAGGCCGAGGUCGCUGCAGAGCAGGCCCGGCCGCCGAGGCUCGAGCGGUCCACCCCAUCUCCGCAUCUUACCACACCUCAUCAGCAGUCCAGAAACUGGUUCGCAUCUGAACCGGUCUCGGACGACGUCGACGGCAGCCGAGAGAGCAGGGAGCCCCGCAUCGCAACGACAAAAGCUGCCAACAUGAACCACCACCACCACCACACGCAGCAGCAGCAGAAAGCCGGCGAACAGCAGCUCAGUGAACCCGAGGAUAUGGAAAUGGAAGCUGGGGACACUGACGACCCUCCAAGAAUUCCGGCCAACCCAGUUAUCAAUGGUAACAUGGCCAUGGCAGAUGGACACAACAACACAGAGGAAGACAUGGAGGAUGACACCAGUUGGCGGUCAGAAGCAACCUUUAGGUUUGUGGUGGAGCGCUUCAGUCGCCUCAGCGAGUCAGUUCUCAGCCCGUCCUGCUUUGUGCGCAACCUCCCAUGGAAGAUCAUGGUGAUGCCGCGCUUCUACGCCGACCGGCCACACCAGAAGAGUGUGGGCUUCUUUUUGCAGUGUAAUGCAGAAUCAGACUCCACGUCAUGGUCAUGCCAUGCACAGGCAAUGCUAAAAAUUAUCAACUACAAAGAUGAUGAGAAGUCGUUCAGUCGCAGGAUUGGUCACCUGUUCUUCCACAAAGAGAACGAUUGGGGCUUUUCCAACUUCAUGUCCUGGAGUGAUGUCACCGACCCAGAGAGGGGCUUUAUUGAUGACGACAAAGUCACAUUUGAGGUGUACGUCCAGGCAGAUGCUCCGCACGGGGUGGCCUGGGACUCAAAGAAACACACAGGUUAUGUUGGACUCAAAAACCAAGGAGCAACCUGCUAUAUGAACAGCCUACUUCAGACACUCUUCUUCACCAAUCAACUACGUCGGGCAGUGUACAUGAUGCCAACAGAGGGAGACGACUCAUCCAAGAGUGUUCCGCUGGCAUUGCAGAGGGUUUUCUAUGAGCUGCAACACAGCGACAAGCCCGUUGGCACCAAGAAACUCACAAAGUCCUUCGGAUGGGAAACUCUAGAUAGUUUCAUGCAACAUGAUGUUCAGGAACUUUGCAGGGUGCUCCUUGACAAUGUGGAGAACAAAAUGAAAGGCACAUGUGUUGAGGGAACCAUCCCGAAACUCUUCAGGGGAAAGAUGGUGUCAUACAUCCAGUGCAAGCAUGUGGACUACCGAUCAGAGCGAAUAGAGGAUUACUAUGACAUCCAGCUUAGUAUAAAAGGAAAGAACAACAUUUUUGAGUCAUUUAAGGAUUAUGUUGCAACUGAACAGUUGGAUGGAGACAACAAAUAUGAUGCCGGAGAGCAUGGCCUACAGGAAGCUGAAAAAGGAGUGAAGUUUCUCACUUUCCCACCAAUCCUUCACCUGCAACUGAUGAGGUUCAUGUAUGAUCCGCAGACUGACCAAAACAUCAAGAUUAAUGACAGGUUUGAGUUUCCAGAUCAGUUACCUCUGGAUGAAUUCCUUCAGAAGCCAGACUCCAAGGACCCGGCCAACUACAUCCUGCACGCCGUGCUCGUGCACAGCGGGGACAACCAUGGCGGUCACUACGUCGUCUAUCUUAACCCGAAAGGAGACGGCAAAGUGAGUGUCAAGGAACCAAUAUGGUGCAAGUUUGACGACGACGUGGUAUCACGCUGCACCAAGGAGGAGGCCAUUGAGCACAACUAUGGUGGGCACGAUGACGACCUCUCUGUUCGCCACUGUACCAACGCGUACAUGUUGGUGUACAUACGGGAGUCCAAGCUGAGUGAGGUGCUCCUCCCCAUGACUGACGUGGACAUACCCCAGCAGCUCGUGGAGCGUCUGCAGGAGGAAAAGAGGGUGGAGGCACAGAAGAGGAAGGAGCGUCAAGAGGCUCACCUAUACAUGCAAGUUCAGAUGGUGACAGAGGACCAGUUCUGUGGUCAUCAGGGUAAUGACAUGUAUGAUGAGGAGAAGGUGAAGUACACAGUCUUCAAAGUCCUGAAGAGCUCCACGCUGCAAGAGUUUGUCCAGAACCUCUCCCAGACCAUGGGUUUCCCACAGGAGCAAAUGAGGCUGUGGCCCAUGCAAGCCCGUAGCAACGGAACUAAGCGGCCCGCUAUGCUCGACUACGAGGCUGACUGCAACAAGUCGAUGAUUGGCUUGAGUGAUAACGAGAAUCCAUGGACAAUAUUUCUGGAGACGGUGGAUCCCGAACUGGCAGCCAGUGGUGCCACACUACCCAAGUUUGACAAAGAUCGUGAUGUCAUGUUGUUCUUGAAGAUGUAUGACCCGAAAACAAGAAGCUUAAAUUAUUGUGGACAUAUCUACACGCCUAUAUCCUGCAAAAUAAGAGACCUGCUACCAGUCAUGUGUGAGCGAGCAGGCUUUCAGCAGGAAACUAGCCUUAUCCUCUAUGAGGAAGUUAAGCCCAAUCUAACGGAGCGGAUUCAGGACUACGAUGUCUCUCUGGACAAGGCCCUGGAUGAACUCAUGGAUGGGGACAUCAUUGUCUUCCAGAAGGACGACCCCGAGAACGACAGCAGCGAGCUACCAACGGCCAAGGAAUAUUUCCGGGAUCUCUACUACCGAGUGGAUGUCAUCUUUUGUGACAAGACCAUCCACAAUGACCCGGGCUUUGUGGUCACGCUCUCCAACCGCAUGAACUAUUUUCAGGUGGCGAAGACGGUAGCCCAAAGGUUGAACACAGAUCCCAUGCUGCUGCAGUUCUUUAAGUCACAGGGGUACAGGGACGGUCCAGGGAAUCCUCUCAGACACAACUAUGAGGGAACGCUGCGGGACCUGCUGCAAUUCUUUAAGCCUCGGCAGCCCAAGAAACUCUACUAUCAGCAGUUGAAAAUGAAGAUCACCGACUUUGAGAACAGGCGGAGUUUUAAAUCCAUAUGGCUCAACAGCCAGUUCAGAGAGGAGGAGAUCACUCUCUACCCUGACAAACACGGUUGCGUGCGCGACCUGUUGGAUGAAUGUAAAAAGGCCGUGGAGCUCUCUGAAAAGGGCUCUGAGAAGCUCAGGCUGUUAGAGAUAGUAAGCUAUAAAAUCAUCGGGGUUCACCAGGAAGACGAGCUACUAGAAUGUUUAUCUCCGGCUGCCAGUCGCACCUUCAGAAUAGAGGAGAUUCCUGUGGACCAGGUCGAUCUGGACAAGGACAGCGAGCUGCUCAUCCCCGUCGCUCAUUUCCAUAAGGAAGUCUUUGGCACGUUUGGGAUCCCAUUCUUGCUCAAAAUCCGACAGGGUGAGUCUUUUCGGGAGGUGAUGAGGAGGAUCCAGACAAUGUUGGAGAUCCAAGAGAAAGAAUUUGAGAAGUUCAAGUUUGCCAUCGUGAUGAUGGGCAGACAACAGUACAUCACUGAAGACAAGUAUGAGGUCAACUUGAAGGACUUUGAACCACAGCCAGGAAACAUGUCACACCCGCGUCCCUGGCUGGGCUUGGAUCAUUUCAACAAAGCUCCAAAGAGAGGUCGCUACACCUACCUGGAGAAAGCAAUCAAAAUCCACAACUAAAGCAGCCCGUCCUUCCUCUUUUUCCUCCUCUUCCUCCUCCCCGCCUACUUCACACCAUAACUGACUGUAACCAACCUCACGUGUGUGCGCGUGUGGAAGUGUGCGCUUGAUUGUGCGUGUGAGAAUGUGGGCGCUAGUAUGGUGUGCUCAUCACUUUCAGCCCCCCACGUGGACACAAGCGAGCUCUGCACUGGCUCUUGUCUUCAGCCCAUCUUGCUGCAGCUGAUGGAUUCUCCUUCAACUCAACAAA